AUGUGUGCCUUACGUGACAAUCGUUCAGUUUCAGCGGUGUCUUUAGCCUGUAAGUACAGGCUAUCGCAACAACCAAAUCGUCCUUCUAUGAAAAAACUUAGCAGACGGCGAAAAGUUAGCGCAGCAAACGCUGGUAUGACAGAUGGCGCAGAAAACGCAGACGAUAUAUCAGCACGUGGAAGAACUGACUCGACAAUUUCCGGUCAAGCUGAGGAGGAUGAAGAAUUCGACUUUGAUGAUGAUGACGACCUUGAAUACCCUGUAGAUGACGUUGAGUUGAGCCAGAGAUAUUAUCUGAUGGCAUGUAAGGAGAUGAAGAUCCAUUCAAUCAGGAAUAUAUUUGAGGGACUUGUCAAUGAAAAGAUGCAAUGUAAAGGUCAAGUUUUACUCAAGGACGACGUUAAAGCUUGCACCAUAGCGUUACUGGGGAACUCUAACUGCGAAUGUAUUGUCUUUGAUGGUAACGAAAUUGGACAAGAAGCUGCACAGUAUUUCGGAGACGUAUUUGAACGCAAUAAUUAUCUGACCGACAUUAGAAUAACUUGGAACGGUCUUGGUACCCCGGGCGCUGAAGCGAUUUGUAAAGGGUUACUGAAGAACCACUACACCAGAGUAUUAGAUUUAACCGGGAACCAGUUCAAUGAGGACGCAGCCAAAUAUUUCAAGGAACUUAUGGUUGAAAACAGUGCGCUAUAUGAACUAUAUCUUGGACACAAUUAUUUUCGAGAAGAAGGUGGGGAACUCCUUGGCGAAGGUUUAGAACAAAACGAUUUCUUACGUGUCCUUGACCUCAGCUGGAAUCAUCUCCGACUGAAGGGUGCUCAAGCCAUCGGGAAAGCACUUGCGUCUAACAUCAAUCUGGAGGUUCUAAAUGUGGCUUGGAAUGGAUUCUACAUUCAUGGUGUAUCGCACAUAGCGAUGGCACUCACCAAGAACCAAGCACUUACAGACCUCGAUAUCUCGUGCAAUAGACUCUCGGAGACAUGUUUGGGUCAGUUCCUCAAAGGCAUGGAGAAAAAUACGACAUUAAAGAAACUUCGGAUAUCUCGAAAUCACAUAAGCCAUACAGGAGUGUUAGCCUUACUACAACAUAUACAGAAGUUUCCAACCAUUGGCCUGCAAUACGUAGAUAUUGGUGACCAACAUGUACAAGACGACUUUGUCGUGUUGUUGAAGGAGUUACAGAAGACAAGGAAAAUUGAUGUACAAUAUGGAAUGGUCUGGUCAAGAGACAGAGAUCCUAUUGGGAAACAGGACCAGACGGAGGACGAGCUGGCCCUGCUAAAUGAGAACCCUCACUAUGUUCUGAUGGAGUUUAUGAGGUUACAGAAAUUGAGAUUGGUUGAUCUGUUCCACCAGAUGGACACUGAUAAAAGCAAGGGAAUCAGCGUACAGGAGUUCCAAGAAGGUCUCAAGGCUGUGGACAUACCUCUGAAGAUGAAAACGCUGGAGAAAUUUGUACGAGCAUGUGAUCUUGACAAAAACGGAGAAAUAGAAUACGUAGAGCUUGUUGAGGCAAGCAAGAGGCAUAAAGAGGAGAUAAGAAGACUUUCCAAGACGAAUGUUCCAAUGGAAAACACAGAUCUUGGACGUAUACAGAAACUGUUGAGAAAAAUAAUGCUGAACAAUCGUGGUCUACCAGUGAAUAAUGAUAAAGGGACAGACACAAAUGUUCAAAAGUCUGUGGAUUCUAAUGGAACUAUAAGUAUAGGUUAA